AUGUCCCAAAUCCAAGCCCGAACAACCUACCGCGCCCUCCUCCGCGAAAUCCCACGCCGAAGCUUCAAAACCCCCUCCCCCCUGCACCAAAAGCUGCGCCACAUCUUCCGCACACCGUCUCCUGUUUCUUCGCAAUCACAGCCGAGUCACUUCUCGUCUCCGCAAACAGAAGAAGACCGCCUCCGCCGCGUCCAGGAAGCUGAUCAGCUUGCGCAGUAUGCUGCCGCUCAGCGAAAGUACUGUGAGCUGCUGGAGCGGUAUAAUCCCGGUAUGACUAUGGAUGAGGAGGAGAAGAUUAGGCUUACGGCUAGACGGGUUGGAUUUGAUCUGCCGGAGUUGCAUACUGAGGGGAAGGAGGAGUAA